GUUUCAUUUCCAUCAUCUCAAAAUUCUCUCCCCAAAUUUGUUGAUUUCAUCUGCAAAUCUCUGACGAUGAGUUCUGAUUCAACAUCAAAUCCAUCCAAUUCCAACGCAACACCAACCCCAAUCAACCCCAAGGAAUCCAAGUCGGAAUCCGCCCCCGCCCCCGCCCCCGCCCCCACGACCGCCACCGCCACCGCCACCACCAUCACCACCACCGCCAGCGAUGCAGCCGGCUAUGCUCCCUACCCGAAACUGGCGCCGGACGACGUCGCUCCAGUCGCCGACACUUGGAGCUCCGCCCCCCCUCCCGUCACCGCCCCCACCGGCUCAAAUCCAUAUGUCUCCACCGAUCCCGUGCCCGUGCCCCCCUCUCCGAUCAAGAGUAACGUGGAUAAGAUGAAGGAAGUGCUGGGUAAAUGGGGAAAGAAAGCUAGCGUAGCCUCUAAGAAGGCUGAAGACUUGGCUGGGAACAUGUGGCAAAACUUGAAAACGGGACCAAGUAUCACAGACGCUGCUGUUGGAAGGAUAGCACGGAGCACCAAGGUUAUGUCAGAAGGUGGAUAUGAAAAGGUCUUUCAGAAUACAUUUGAAAAUGCCCCAGAAGAAAAGAUGCUGAAAUAUUAUGGAUGCUAUUUGUCUACAUCUGCGGGUCCUGUUGCUGGAGUCCUUUAUCUGUCUACUGCAAAAGUAGCAUUUUGCAGUGAUGAUCCUCUUUCAUACAAGGUUCCGGAGUCGGAGGAGGUUCGUAUGAGCUAUUACAAGGUGGUUAUCACGUUGCAGCAACUGAAAGCGGUUAAUACUUCAACAAGCCAAACAAACUCAGUUGAGAAAUAUAUCCAGAUUAUUUCCGUGGACAAUCAUGAAUUCUGGUUCAUGGGAUUCGUCUACUACGACAGUGCUGUUAAAAAUUUACAAGGUGUGUUGCAGGUUCGUCAGUCGUAACUAUUUAUAAAGACUGGAAGUUCGUAUGGUGUGCUUUGUUUGGAGUCGUCGGAAGGCUCACAUUUGAAUGUGGUUGAAGAUUGAUAUGUUUCAUAUAAGCCAUUAAACCGAUCUACACUGCAUUUCUUCAUUUUUUAGUGAACGUAAAUAGCGAAUGUAAUGUGUUGUAAAUGUGGUUCCUUGUUUUAUUGUAAUAGUAAUACUUAUAGGAUUGUUUGGUUUGAGUGAUUAUGUAUUAUUGAUAAAAUAAUUUAAUUUAAUCAAAUAUUUGGUAUAAAUGGUUCAAUUAUUUUCA